AUGAGGGCAGUCAAGUUUGCAGGGACUCUUGGUUCCCUUGCCUGGACCUUGACACUCGCCCACUAUAUUUACUUGCAAAUUCCUGCAGCAAUGGCACAAGGCCUUGGGGAGCCUGGAGGCACCUGCUCAGAGGCAAUUCCAUGCUAUCAGGGCUGUUGCAGUAAGGAGGGUCAAUGUGGGUUUACGGAAAAGCACUGCGGUGACGGCUGUCAGCAUAACUGUAACGCGACUGCGGAGUGCGGGCAAUUUGCAACCGAAGGAAAUCGUGACUGUCCCAUAAAUGUCUGCUGCAGUGAGUUUGGGUACUGCGGUGUCACCGAAGGCUUCUGUGGAGAUGGCUGCCAGCCUAAUUCCAACGGCGGAGGAUGCGGAGACCCAGAUCGCCCUCAGUGCUCAGCAAAUACGGAUGCUCUGUCUUAUAAACGACGUAUUGCCUACUACGAGCUAUUUCACAUCGCCAAAGGAUGUAACGUUAGGGAACCAGAAAACAUUGUAGUCGCUCCGUUUACUCACAUUAACUUGGCAUUCGUGAACUUCGGUGAUGAUUAUACGCUGGUUGAUGAGUAUGGCGACAUUAUCGACCGGAUGUCCUUCCUCAAGUUUACCAAUGCUGGACUGAGGAUCAACAUUGCUGUCGGAGGGUGGAGCUUCAGUGAUCCUCCGACACAGAACUUAUGGUCUGAUAUGGCAAGCUCACAUCCCAACCGCCGGGUCUUCAUCAAUUCCGUCGUCCAAUAUCUGCGCAACUACCACCUUGAUGGUGUCGACCUCGACUGGGAAUAUCCCGUUGCCACGGAACGUGGUGGCAAUCCGGAUGACGGAGCUAAUCUGGUCACGCUUCUGGCUGAGCUACGCGAAGCUUUUGACAAGGAGGAUCCUGGCUGGGAGAUCUCAAUAACCCUUCCAACCAGCUACUGGUAUCUGCAGGGGUUUGAUCUUGAGCGCACCCAGAAAUAUGUGAACUAUUUCAAUAUGAUGACGUACGAUUUACACGGGAUGUGGGAUCAAGACAUCAAAUGGACGGGGCCAUAUUUACGCGGCCAUACAGACAUCCAGCAAAUUGAUCAAGGAUUGGAUCUUUUAUGGCGAAACAACAUUCAGCCCGAAAACGUGGUUUUUGGAUUUGCUUUUUACGGUCGAUCGUUUACAAUGAAGGACCCGAGCUGCUAUCGGCCAAAUGGCAAAUGCGAGUUCUCCGGUGGUGGCAGACCGGGUUCAUGUUCAAAUACCGCUGGAAUUUUGACCUUUGCAGAGGUGUCUGCGCGUAACCACUCACUAGACGUUGAUACGUUCUAUGACUCGGAUACCACAGUGAAGUACAACACUUACGAAGGUGACCAGUGGAUCUCGUACGAUGACGAACAAUCAUACUACGACAAGAAGAAAUUCCUCACUGAGCGAUGCCUUAGUGGGUUGAUGGUUUGGGCCAUUGACCAGGAUGAUGGUGAUUUUACCGCCCUCAGCGGUAUCUUCGGUGAGGACAUAGGUGUUCUGCAGAUGUCUGGGGGCGGGCUGGACGACAAUGCCAAGGAGGCCCUGGCAGAUGUCCUUGGGGCGUAUACUGGCCAGGACUGCUUUGUGAGUCCGAGAUGUACAGACGGCUCAAGUAAGGAGCAAAGCCCCGACCAAGUGUGUCCAGCGGGGUUCAUGUCAGUUGAAACGGCGCACAAUCCUGUCCAGUCCCCAGGACACGAGCACCAUGGUCUUUGCGCCGAGGGAUGGUAUCGCCAUAUAUGCUGUCCGAAGUCGGCCAUGCCUAAGAACUGCGAGUGGAAUGGUGCACCAGAGAGAAGCAUGUUUGGUUGUGACGGCCAAUGUGGCCCGAGUCAGUUCAAGCUAAAUCAGGAUACAGCAUUAGACGCGAGGGGAGAGGGUAGCUGCUAUAUUGGACACAGAAACCUCUGCUGCGACUCUACGGCCGCGAUCUCAGAGUGUUACUGGACCGAAUGCCAAGGCCUCUUUUUGGAGACCGAGCUACCAGUAUGCCCAUCCGACUUUACCUAUAUGACCUACCGUCUGGACAAGCCUGAUGGGAAGCCCUGGUGCUCUGACGUCCACCGAUUCGCUCCCCAUUACAGCAUGAAAAGUGCUCUAUGCUGUCCCAAACAACAAACACCGCGAAGCUGCAGUUGGACAAAUGACAAUUUUGACGCGCCGGGGGUCGACGAUAAUGUCUGGGACUGGGUCUGCAAGCCUAGCAAGUGUCCCAAAGGGUCGGUUGAAUUCGGCAGCGCGCUGCAUCCGGCCACGUCGAAGGCUGAACUCGGCAAAGGAGGCAUUUCCUGUGAGUCUGUCACGCUACCGUCGAACAUAGACCCGGAGUUCUCGUUCUGUUGCGAUCCGCCCAGCAAGUUUAAUGAGGAAUGGCCCGUUGAUCCCAAGUACCUAUGGGAACAUUACUACAACGACCCUGCCGACUCGGACGUGGUUUGGGAGUACAGUGAUGAGUACGAGAAGAACAAUAAAGACGACCAACGGGCGGCUGCUGGGGCCGAAGAUGGCAGUGAUGCUUAUGGUUUCGUGAUGCUGGAUGGACCCGAGGGGUCUAUUGACAACAGCUUUGCCGACACCCAUACAGUUGUUCGCCGGUCUGCCUCUAUCACCAACAAGAAGCGGUCUGUGGUGACGACGAAUAAGACUCAGCUAAAUUCUGUCUUUGACCACAGCGAGCAAACGCUCCACAUAUAUUGCAACUACCCCCAAGGGUCCAAAGAGUGUGAUAAGAUUUUCAUCGACGGCGCGGAGGACACUAUUAUUCGACUGCCAGUCCAUGUUGGAGAGGGGCCAUUCGCCCGCGUGGUAUCCAUGAAGCUGUCGCAUGAAGGCUAUGAACUCCCAGAUCAUCAUAUCGAGCACCGCCGUGUGAAGCGAAACGGAAACCCAGUAUACGAAGUGAAGAUCGACUAUAACUUCCAUCUCAUUCAUCCUAAACGCGCCGAUGAGCCUGUUAACAUCCGAGUAGACUACACCAAUCUCCUCGGGUACUGGGAUGAGAUGACAAACUCGCCUGCCAGUCGGAUGAAACGUGGCCAAGGGGAAGAGGGACUGACCAAAGACGAGUGGAAAAGGCGUGUCGGACGAGCAGCAGCCCGCGACCAAUCCAAGCGAAAGCGUUCUGAACAGCCAGUACGUGCGAAAACGUCAAUGGACUCGCCCAGGUCCCGGGGAGAGAAGCGGUGGUGGGGGGUAUUCGGGGAAUGGCUUUCUAAGCUGACCACCGUAACCAUGUCUGAGCUCGGGGUGAUUCCGUUGGGCUGGGCCCGCACAAUGAACCUAUUCUACGCUCAAAGUGGCUGCCCUGGGGAAACAUUUUAUGCCGACCUAAGUGUUGACCUCGAGGCCAACUUUGUCAUGGAUGCCACCUACGCUUACUAUCUCUCAGCCACCUUCAUACCCCCCAGCAAGCCAGAGGCAUUCGCCUACUUUGGGAUGUCCCCCACCGCAUACCUAGGGCUCCAUCUAGAGGGAAAUGCCAGGAUGCAGUACGACACUGGCCGCAAGAAGAUCAUUGAUACUCUCUCGUACCCUGGACUGGCAGUUAAGGGCAUUGCUGCCGUUGGUCCCACCCUGGACGUGUAUGGCAAGAUCAGUGGAUUGAUCACACUACACGGCGAGGUGGAUGCUGGCGCUGAAGUGGCGUUUGGUAAAGCCGAAGUUUUUUGGCCGCAGGAUGACGCCUCCAAGGACAAAUAUGAGACCCUCGUGGGUCUUGAGAGCGACACGAGAGCGCCCGCGCCGCUUAGCGUCGAGCCUGUGUUCCGUGCUGGUGUUGCAGUGGAUGCACAACUCAGCGUACACGUAACUCCGGAAGCCAAUGUAGGUAUCAAGAUCGGUGGUGGCAAGCUCGUUGGUGGAGCGACUCUGAUGGACGCUCAGCUGAGCGGUUAUCUAAGAGGUAUACUGUCAUUCCAGGGACAUGGUGACUACGAGACGGAUAGCAAUUCCUUUAGCUAUCGAUUUGGGGCAUAUCUUUUCUACAAUAUUGGAUACAAGGCAACAGCUCGAGUCUUGGAAUUCCUCGACUGGGCAUUGGAUCCUCGAGAGGCGUACGAUUCAGACCGGACGAUCAAGCUCUAUGAAAAAACCGGGACAAUUCCAAUGUCCUCAGAAGAAGUCGACAAGGAGGAACGCAUGGCUGCUGCGCCUUAUAUAGAUGGAUUGGACGCUGCCCACAACGCCACAGUUCGGGGGAGUGACACCUCAUUGUCCACAUACCACGCGCCGAGACUAGUACCAAGAGCGGGCGACAAGAACGGUGCCCUAGAUCCGAAAGUACAGAUUCCACUCAAGUGUCCUCCUAAGAGCACUGGGAGUGUUCGUUUGCCGGAGCUGCGAAUAAGCUGCGCAUUUCUUUUCCCCGUCGCCGAGGUCAACCUGAACGAUAAAAGUAUCAGUAGGAGGGUUGAGGGCCUCUGCCCUCCGAUUAUGAGAAUCCCUGACAACAAGAGAAUAACCCAGCUCACGUACUCCGGUAACCAGCGUCGCAGAGACGACCGAAGAGCCGACCAAUGCGGAACUAGCUUCUGCGCAGAUGAGGAAAAGAAGCUUAACACCUAUCUCGAUAGAACCCCGAAGACGUGGCUAAAACUGCAAUGCGACGAGUUCCCCUGGGCCUCCGCUGAGCAGGGGGGGUUGUUUCUUGACGCGGGCAGCCGAUCUCAAACAUGCGUCCCUGCGUAUCAGAAUAAUUGGCAUGGCCAAUGUGUCAAACUCAUGGGUUAUAUGCAAUCCAACUGGGCCAAACUUGAAACGGACAGGGCGACUGGUGAUACACGCGGUGACUAUUGGGUUCCAUGGCAAGGCAAAGCAGCCAACGUGUGGACGACCGCAGGCGAACACGGUGCAGCUGGCAGCAAGUACAACCAGAAGUUGAUUGAAUAUCCAACUCGACAACCUCUGCCAGAUGGUGUCAACAAUGGCAACAGGAAUAACGAGAAACAGUCGUGGAAAUUUAAGCGCGACUAUGAAGCGACCUGGUUGUAUAAAACCGUUCCAUACGACAACGACUGGUGGGAUGCGAAGAGUUACAGAUAUAAAAAGCCAGAUAAGUACGGCACUGUAAGCGGAUCUGAAGAGGUCAUUUGCGCAAUUAAUAUAUUUGAGCAAGACGAUGUCUACAAACUACCUUUCGCGUCAGGCAAAAUAUUCAACGCCCUGUGCCGACAACCAAACGACACACCGUCUAACACUUUUGAGAUCCGAGGGAGCUAUACCGAAUGUUAUGUAGAGUUUGCACCACUGGGCGGAGGCAACCCAAUGGACACUUCAAAGCGAGAUUGGGUGGUUAAAAGCGUGACUCUGUUAGACGAUAUGAAGGCGGAGGAAGAUCCAACAGAUAAUGCCAACAAUAGUUUUGGUAUUGGCAGCUCCAAGUAA